AUGUGGCACUUCAGAUGCCAACCAGAGAGCAAGGAAGUGCAUCACGUGACAUUUGCGGAACACACGGACCAAUACGUUAUCAACUCAGACAGUGGUAUAUUUAUAUCAAAUGACGUACACGUUGACGUCACAGAGGUGCUUCCUGAUGCCGGUGCUGAUGUCAAGUUGGGGAAACCCGGAAGACCAAUCAUCAAAUUGCAGAAAUGUGUCAGCUUGACAAACUUGUUACAUAGCAUCGAAAGUCAGGACAAUCCGUUUUUAAUGGACGGAGAGCUGAGCAGGAAGGCUGACUACAUCAUCAACAACUCCACCAUCUCGAGGAAGAGGAUCCGCAUUUCCGAUCCCGACUUUGAAACAAAAAAUAAAUCAAACAACAACAAAGACACAAAAAACACAAUAAAUGCUGACGCGCACAACAACAUCGACUGCAACAUUGCACAAGACAGCAAAACAGAGAACAACGUAUCAGCGCCAGCCAGCGAUGGCGUUCAUCAUGUCGAUCAACCUCUCUCUAAACAAGAGUCCAUGGAAGGUAUCCUCAUCCAUUUGAACGGAAUGACGGAAAUGAUUAUAAAUGAAGGAUCAACUGACCACAAUUUAAAUUUUAACGACAAAAACUCCCGCGUGUACAUAGAGAAAAAAGAAAUUAUUGAUGUGGAUGAUGAUGAUGACAUCGAUGAUGAAGAGGAUAGUGACGAAGACGAUGACUGUGAUGAAAUUUACGUAGAAAGUAAACACCCUCAAAAUUCUUAUCACUUGACUUGCCUAAAAAUCGAUCAACCUGUUUCUAGCAUUUGUGCUAACGAAAGAAACAGUCAACCAUCUCGCACGGUUAUAACGUACGACGAAUUAAAGUGUGAUGAGGACAUACAAGAUCAAACGACCACGUUCGACAACUCUGUAAACAAUCUUGCAUGCAGUAGUGUUCAUAAAAAUAGAUCAACAACCAUUAUCAACAUGCCAACCAACAACGUCAACAUUCUAAGCAACCCAAUUAAAUGUGAUGUCACAAACGAAAGCAAAACAUCAAUCAUAUCAAACAAACUGAUUUUCAACCAAACGGUAGAAGAUACGGUCGAUGAUUCACUUGAAACAUCUAUAACCAGACCAUUGCUGACACACGAACUCACUACCAUUGAGAUUCACCACAACAACAUCAACAACAACAACAACAAUAUCAACAACAACAUCAUCAACACGAACAACAUAAAUGAUACCCACAGAAACAACUCCAACUCCAACAACAACAACAACGACGACGACAAACAAAACAACAGUAAAAGUGUGGCUGGCUGCGGCGACGAGGAUCGUUACGAGAUUCUGCAUCCAUCGAAUCAGAGAGGGAAACAGCGACACGCGGUCCCGCACGCAGAUGGGAGCGCUUGCAAGAAGAAGAAGAAAUGCUGCUCACUCCAGUGA